CAACGCAGGUGGCACAUGUACAUAUAAACCCGUUCCACUUGAGCGAACAUUGAUCGAAGCCCAAGUCCUCAAAAGCACACACUCCUUCCUGACACGCUUAACUACUAUCUUACACUCAUUCAACCACCGAACUCAAUUCAUUCAUUCUUUUCUUUUGAUCCCAAGCAUCCAAACACCAUGAGAUUCACGUUCUUUGCUGCUCUCGCCCUCCUCGGCACUGCUUUUGCGGCUCCUGCGCCUACUACCUCUACAGCUACUAUCCCGGCUGGUCAAACCUGCAAGAAGGACGGAAGUAUGGGCGUCUGCCAGAGCGGAUACUGCUUGCAAGAUGAGAGGGCCUCUUCUGGAGUUUGCAGGUGAAAUAAAGGAAUCCCCCGAAACAACGAGCUGCUUAUAAGGAAGGCGUUAUAUAUACCUUU